AUAUAUCUCUCUCUUCCUCUUUCUGACCCCCUCUCUCUCUUUCAAUUUGGAACGAGUUUUCGCUGUUAAGAGCGACCGAGAGAUCUGCUUCCCUUUUUAUCCCAUAUUUCCUUUCUCUUCACUCUUUUUUGGCACCCUAUACUUCUACCUGAGGGCCCUUUCUCUAAAGGGUCUUCUUCUCUUUCUUUUUUCACUUCUCCAGUUUUUGUAAGGCUGUUAUUUGCUGGAAAUAAUGGGUGUUGAGGUUGCUGAGAUGGCCCAAGUACCUGUGGAGACUGUAACUGAAGUACACACGUCUAAGGAAAAUGGGAAACUGGACCAUAGUGAACCACUUAAAUUCGGUACUCAUGUAGAGGAGCCUGAUAAAGGGGAAGAGAAUAAUGCAUCAAAGGCCAAUUUACCGCAGGAUGCAGCUGAAGAGUGGCCUACGCCUAUGCAGGUCCAUUCUUUUUGGUUGGUCAGGUACAGGACUUAUGAUGAUCCAAAAAUAAAGGCAAAAAUGGACCAGGCUGAUAAAGAGAUUCAAAAGAGGAAUAAAGCUCGUUCUCAGAUCUUGGAUGAAUUGAAAAUAAAGAGGGCAGAUCGAGCUGAAUUAUUAGCUCAGCUGAAGGAUUUGAAAUCUGAGGGUAGGCAGGUUAAGUCAAUUCUGGAUGAGAAGAUAAAAGAAUUGGAACCUCUGCAGCAGGCUCUUGGAAAGCUGCGUCCUUCAAACAACGCUGCUCGUUUUGGUGGUUUAUGUUCAUCUGAGGAGGAGUUGAACGAGCUUAUUUAUAGCUUGCAAUAUCGCAUUCAACAUGAGAGCAUCCCAUUGUCUGAGGAGAAGCAACUCCUCAGAGAAAUCAAACAGCUUGAAGGAACAAGGGAAAAAGUUGUGGCCAAUGAUGCUAUCAAAGCGAAAAUUCAGGAGUCAUUGGGUCAGAAAGAAGUUAUUCAAGACCAAGUUAAACUCAUGGGUGUUGAUUUGGAUGGAGUGAAGAAGGAGCGACAAGCACUUUUGUCCAAGAUCUCUCCCCUUGAGGGGAAAGUGAAGGCACUUGAUGAAGACAUCAAAGCUUUACAGGAGGAUUUGCAAACUGUGACUGAGAUGCGGGACAAAGCAUUUGCAAUCAUUCAGGAACUAAGGCAAAAGCGUGAUGAGGGGAAUGCCAAUUUUUAUCAAUAUCGUCAGGUCUUGACCAAAGCCAAAGAGCUUGCUGUAAAGAAAGAUGUCAAGGCUCUUCAGGAAUUUUCAGAAGCACAGGUUGAGAAUUUUAUGAGCCUGUGGAACAAUAAUAAGGCUGUGAGGGAUGACUAUGAGAAAAGAAUUUUAACAUCCUUGGACAGUCGACAAUUGAGCAGGGAUGGACGGAUCAGGAACCCAGAUGAAAAGCCCUUGGUGGUAGUGGAGACUACACUACCGGAGCCUGAGACUCUGACAAAAGCUAAUGUAAAACGACCAAAGGAAGAUGCCAAAUCUACCCCAAAACAAGAUGCAAUGCCAACACAGAAGGUUCCAAAAGAAUCUGGUGGCACAGCAACUGAAUCAAAAUCUCCUGUGGAGAAAACUGAGGCAGUGGACAUGGAGAUCAUUGUGCCAGAAAAAAAGCCUCCUCUAGUAAAGGAAGUUGAUGAAUCUAAGCUGAAGGAGAUGAAAAGAGAAGAGGAGAUGGCAAAAGCUAAGCAAGCCACGGAAAGGAAGAAGAAGUUGGCUGAGAAAGCAGCAGCCAAAGCAGCUAUAAGAGCGCAAAAGGAGGCUGAAAAGAAGCUCAAGGAGCGUGAAAAGAAGGCGAAGAAGAAGGCUGCAGCAUCUGGACCUGUUGCUAAUGAGGAAUCAGCUGAAGCUGUCACUGAAGCAGAACAGGAAGAGGCUGCUGUGAAUGAAGAAGCUGCAGUUGAAGCUCCAGGUCCAGCAAAAUCAAAGGUUCAUAAGGAGAACACUAUGAAGCAUAGGACUCGACCAAGAGGUCCAGAAUCACUUCCGAAAGCCAUCUUAAAGCGCAAGAAGUCUACCAACUACUGGGUAUGGGCUGCGCCUGCAGCCAUGGCAGUUUUGUUGGUCCUGGUGCUGGUAUACUACUACCAUCUUCAGUGAAGAUGCAAAAUUAGAAAAUGAGUCUGCUUUAUGGUGAGUUUACUAGUACCAGGGGCUUGUAGAAGAAGCCAAAAUUUUAAAAAAAAAAAAAAAACAUUCAAGUUAAUUUUGUUCUUUGAAUCCCGUCUGGGGAUUGACCUAAAACUCAUAAAUGUUGUUGUUAGAUCAAUCAGACUGAACUGUAUUGCUAAAGAGGGAAACUUUAUACUUUGGUUUGAUGUAUUUUCAAAUUUUGACGUUAGACAAAUUCAUGGAUGUUAUUUGCAACCUUCUUUACAGAAAUUUAUAUCCAUAUAGCCAGUAUCAUCAGUGAAUA